CGCCAUUUCUAUUUCUUCUGUUUCUGCGAAAUCGCAAUAAUUUGUUUUACAUCUGGCAACUACGCCUACGUCUUCCCUGCCUGUCAUUCUCUCCCUUUCAGUUAAUGUCGCCUGCUAUUUUAGCUCAUGUCGUGACAGUCAGUCUGUAAUUUUAUUAAGCUCUGUCUAGAGUCUCUUUGAUCGUGAAAUACGAUUUUAUUGUGUGUGUUUCAUCUUUCAUCAAGCCUGAACAGAUUUCAGCCUGUGUUCUUUCCUUUCUUCGAGGCUAUUUGACGUGAUAACGUCUAUGUACACGUGGUCCCAGAUACUUGUAUCACAUAUACUGUUCAUGUGUGUGUCACCCGAUAAGCUUCCUUGCUUAUAAGGUACCUCACACGUAUACUCUGUACACAUCAACACCUGACCCUGUACAUAUUUCAUCGCUCUCAUUUUAUUCACCACUCAUCGACUUUAAUACAUUGGAUGUUAGAGACAAGAGAGAACGAGCAUCCAUAAUCACUGGUUCCAACAUUCAGAGGGAAUAUUUGGUCCUUCGAACCGGAGACAGCAAUCUUGUUUCCAGUCACUUUCCGGUCGUUCAAGUCGACACGUCCUGCUGUCAGCAGUUCAUCUAGUCAACAAUUCUUGUUGGCCUAGUCAUCUUCAAGUUCAGUCGCUGCCUGCUGUCAGUAGUUCAUCUAGUCAACAACUCUUUGUUGGCCUAUUCAUCUUCAAGUCCAGUCGCUCCCUGCUGUCAGCAGUUCAUCUAGUCAACAACUCUUGUUGGCCUAGUCAUCUUCAAGUUCAGUCGCUGCCUGCUGUCAGUAGUUCAUCUAGUCAACAACUCUUUGUUGGCCUAUUCAUCUUCAAGUCCAGUCGCUCUCUGCUAUCAGCAGUUCAUCUAGUCAACAACUCUUUGUUGGCCUAGUCAUCUUCAAGUCCAGUCGCUGCCUGCUGUCAGUAGUUCAUCUAGUCAACAACUCUUUGUUGGCCUAGUCAUCUUCAAGUCCAGUCGCUCUCUGCUGUCAGCAGUUCAUCUAGUCAACAACUCUUUGUUGGCCUAGUCAUCUUCAAGUCCAGUUGCUCCCUGCAGUCAGCAGUUCAUCUAGUCAACAACUCUUGUUGGCCUAGUCAUCUUUAAGUCCAGCCGCUCUCUGCAGUCAGCAGUUCAUCUAGUCAACAACUCUUGUUGGCCUAGUCAUCUUUAAGCCCAGUCAUCCUCGAGUCCAGUUGUUCAUCUUGCCAACGCUGUCGUUGGCCCCUCUUCCAGCUGCUUAGUUCCUUACGGCCUGUUCUUCUUCAACUCACAUCAGUCACUCGUGAGCUUUCAUCAUGACCGAGCAACCCAGUCGACCGUCACCAGAGGAUGAGUUGGAGGAAGAGGAAGAAGCCACGCUUACAACCGUUCGGACGGCAGCAUGGAUCAAGGCAGCAAGAACUAAGAGGAGGACACUCCGUCAACAAAUCACCUCGACGGGGAGGCGUAUUGAGACUCUAGUUCGGUCUAGGGGCUCCAGAGGGGCUAUAUUGGGCCUUAUUCGACACUUCGAUGAACUUCUACUCCGAGCGUCCCAUUUGCAGACAGAGUUGACAUCAGUGGAAGAGGACGAGGAGGCCGAGCGUCAAGAUACCCUGCACCUCACAUACGUCACUCGAGUUGGCGAGACCACCGAAUACGCCCGAUCUUACUUGGCCAGCAGGGAAGGAGAAGCCGCUUCCGUGGUUGGUUUAGGUGGCAAUGUUCCAGCGGCCCCUGCCGUCUCACCGUCGGAGAUUCAACGUCGCGAGCAAGCUCGCCUAGAAGAGAUAGCCAACGCCCAGAGGAGGUGUGACGAGGCCCGGGAACAAGCGAAUCGAGUCUGGGAAGAAUGUGAAGCAGCACAAGCGGCCCUAAGACAGCUAAGCGGCCGACCAGCAGAACCAGACCAACACUCUUCCGUCAGCCAACAAUUACCAGAUGCAAAUCCCUUGGCCAACGAAUGGCUCGCACGGCAACGGCGCAUCAACAACAUCAGCAAUCUGAACAACAACAACAACAAUCAAGAAACACCCGACGAUUGGAUUGACCAAUACAGCGCCGGCCUGCUACCUCCCAUCUCCAACAACCUUUCUGCUCGUUCUGCUGUCUCGGCGGAACUCGCAUCUUUCCAAGGGAAGGCUUUGGAGUGGUUCGAAUGGAUCGACCUCUUUCGUGCCCUCGUUCACGACACGCCCAAAUCGCCCGGGGAGAAAUUGGCUCUCUUGAAGCGAUACCUGAAAGACGAAUGUCUCGACGUCGUGUACGGUUUAGGUGGUGGCGAGUCGGCCUAUAUUCAAGCGUUGGUGCGCCUAAAGGAGACUUAUGGACGACGCGACGUCAUGAGAGCCGCACAUCUUCAAGCUCUCGACCGACUGGAGCUGAAGGGAGAAGCUGGAGCGUUUAAAAGAUUCGCCGAAAAGGUCCGUUCCCACCUGUUCGAUCUCAACCGGAUUGGAGAGACGUCCACAGCCGACGUGAUCGAGAAGAUCUGUCUGAAACUGAACCUUCAAGACCGACUCGUGUGGAACGAAGAGCGUCACGGCCGCCUGGAGAGGAGGAGUCUAAACGAUUUUGGGACUUGGCUCUGUUCGAGGGCGUCAGCUUACCAAAAUGCGUACAGUAUCGCUGCCAGUCAAGCAAACUCAUCGGCUCCCGUGAAUGAAGGUUUCACCCAGCGUCGAACAAGAACUCAUCAAGCGUCUACAAAGACGCACGAAGGUGGUUCCAGCACGCAAUCUAGCAAACCCUUUUGCUUUAAAUGUGAGAAGAGUCAUCGGCUAGCAGACUGCGAGGACUUCAAGGCGCUUCCCGUUGGAGAGAAGAUACAUUUCUGCAUGAGAAGACGACUCUGUUUUAAUUGUUUUAGUUGCAAACAUUCUGUUCGUGAAUGUCCUACUGGCCAGCCAUGCAAAUACGCCGACUGUCGUUUUAUCCAUCACCCGUUGCUGCACGGCCCAGAGGAAUUGCCCGUCAAAAUCGUCCAUCCAUCUACAGCUCGAGCGGAGAGAAAUCAACGAGUGGCGCUUGGGAUGCUGCGAUUGCAGGUUCAAGGAAACGAUGGAAGUUGGUGCUCUGCCAAUAUCUUCGCCGACGAGGGAAGUGACACUACUCUAGUGCGUAGCGCAUUUGCUACGGCGCUCCAGAUUCGAGGCUCUCCGCAAGUGCUGACCGUUGAUGGCGCCGGAGGCGUGGUGACCAGUUAUCCAUCCGAGUUGAUCCACUUCCAGGUACGCGCCGAAUCCGGCGAGAUCGUCACACUCGAGGGGUCUACCAUGCAGAAGGUUGCCAGCCCAGCUCCGACGACCGACUGGAGUAAAGAGAAGAUGCGGUGGCCACAUCUACUAGAUCUGCCGGUAGGAGAAGUCGGAGGCGAGGUUGACGUCCUCAUCGGGACGGACCAUCUUCAUCUACUUGCUGCCCGUGAAUCAAGAGAAGGUGAAGAUUACGAGCCGAUCGCGUCCAGAACCCGUCUUGGAUGGAUUAUUCGAGGCGUUACAGACAGAGAUGCUCGUGCUCUGGCCGUCCGUAGUUUUAUUAUUUCUGGCCGGACACAAUUGGAUCUGUUAACUUCCGAGAUGCGUCGCUUCUGCGACACGGAGGCGUUCGGAACGGAAUACAAGCAAGGCUGUCUAUCUCCCGACAACCAAAGAGCGAUGGCGUUCGUGAAGGAGAAACCAGAUUGGUCGAAGAUCCCGAUCACCCCCCGUCAUAUUCCGCAGUUGUGUGAAUUGGUUGAUAGGUUCCCGAGUCCCGUGCGACAGUGCCAAGAAGAUUCAUUUUUAGGAGAAUCACAUCGACUCCGGAUGAAGAAGCCGCUUUAUUCUACCUCCUCUCUUCUUGCACUCGCGCCGAUCUUAGGUGAAGACUGCCUACUCCGUCUAGGCGGACGUGCCGGUCGGGCACGCCUACCUUAUGAUCAGCUACACUCGCCGUUUCUGCUGGGCCGGCAUCCGCUCACGGAGAAAAUUGAGGAGUUGCCGAAAUUCAUGCAAGCCUCUCGCAUCAAAUGGACAUUUCAACCUCCGCGCACCCCACAUUCCGGUGGAGCUCACGAGUCGUUAGUCAAGUCUACGAAGAGAGCACUCUACAAUUCCCUAGAACAGGAGAAAGGCGCGUUUCAUCAUCCAACGGAAGAUGUUUUACGUACUCUGCUCUACGAAGUAGCCGGUCUCUUGAAUACCCGGCCAUUGACCUACGCAAGCUCAGAUCCUUCUGACUUCCGGCCAUUGACGCCCAACGAUUUUCUGAAUCGAGCUCCUACCGCUUAUCCACCUGCCGGACAAUAUGAUGAUGCUCAGCCACGAGACCACUAUCGGUACCUUCAGCGCUCCCUCAACCUUUUCUGGGAUAUCUGGAAGACCGUCUAUCUACAAUCCUUGGCCGCGAGAAAGAAGUGGAAAAUUCGUCGCCCAAAUCUGGAAAUCGGAGACGUCGUGUUGGAGAUCAACAAAGGUUUCGGAAGAGGUGUCUGGAGCAUCGGUCAUGUCGUUCAAACGUUUCCGGGUCCCGACGGCUGCGUGAGAGCAGUAGAUGUCCAACUUCCGUCAAGAAUAUUUCGCCGCGGGAUCACAGAACUUUGCUUGCUUGAAACCAGCUCGGCCGUUCCGGCCUCGGGGGAGGAUGUUUCUGCGAAAUCGCAAUAAUUUGUUUUACAUCUGGCAACUACGCCUACGUCUUCCCUGCCUGUCAUUCUCUCCCUUUCAGUUAAUGUCGCCUGCUAUUUUAGCUCAUGUCGUGACAGUCAGUCUGUAAUUUUAUUAAGCUCUGUCUAGAGUCUCUUUGAUCGUGAAAUACGAUUUUAUUGUGUGUGUUUCAUCUUUCAUCAAGCCUGAACAGAUUUCAGCCUGUGUUCUUUCCUUUCUUCGAGGCUAUUUGACGUGAUAACGUCUAUGUACACGUGGUCCCAGAUACUUGUAUCACAUAUACUGUUCAUGUGUGUGUCACCCGAUAAGCUUCCUUGCUUAUAAGGUACCUCACACGUAUACUCUGUACACAUCAACACCUGACCCUGUACAUAUUUCAUCGCUCUCAUUUUAUUCACCACUCAUCGACUUUAAUACAUUGGAUGUUAGAGACAAGAGAGAACGAGCAUCCAUAAUCACUGGUUCCAACAUUCAGAGGGAACAUCUUCUUAACGAAUUCGUAUCCGGAUUGAUUGAUUUCGCUUGUAUAUACCUUUCCCUAUUGAUCUACAUAAGCAAGCGCACCAUACAUCCGAUUGGAUAUCAAGUGUGUUCAAGGUUUAAGUGCUCAAUUGCAUUUUUUUCCAGUUCCUACCCAAAUACGCACUUGAUUCGAAAUGCGGAACUUGUUAGUCACGUGACUGCGUACGAGAAAUUUUGCCAAGUAGUAGCCUGAAAAACAACAACAGCAAAAAAAAAAAGUACUACUUUGUUUACUAUUACUUACUACUGUGGGUAGGGUGGGUAAACUCGGUAAACUUGAACUAAAAGAACCGGUCGCAAAAGUAUUUUUCUGCAUUCCGCUCGCGAAAACGUGUUGCGCAGUUCUUGGGUAUUAACUAUAACAGGUGCGCUUUAGCUGUCGGAUUCAUUUGCAUGUUUAUCACAAUUUAGCUGACAUGUUACAAUAUGUCAUUUUGAAAGAUCUGUAAUCGCUGACAAAUAGUGAAAUACCACGGCUGAAAGAACGUGUUUGAAAUAAUUAAAACAAAUUAAAAUCACGUCAAAUCUGAUUUAUAGCGCAAGUCCAAAUCCUACCAAAUCCAAGUGAUUUGACACUCUAAUUACACAAAAAAAAAUUAUUUCUUCAAUUGUUGUUGUUUUCUGGCAAAAAAAAGGAGAAGAGUAUUAUUUUUUGUGAGGAAGACACCGUGUUGGGGUACGCUUUUACGGUACGAGAUGGCGGUAUGAUUCUGAAUUUGGGAUUCGUGAAGAAGACCUGUGU